GUUUAAAAGGCCAGGUGKUAGGCUAAGGCAGGUCACUCCUUAGAGUAGAGCCAGUCCAACCCUUCCAGCAACCAUGACCUACAAUGGCACUUGGAAAGUAGACCGCAGCGAGAACUAUGAGAAAUUCAUGGAGCAGAUGGGUGUCAACAUGGUCAAGAGGAAGCUGGCCGCUCACGAUAGCCUCAAGAUCACCCUUGAACAAACUGGAGACAAGUUUGUCGUGAAGGAGGCCAGUACUUUCCGCACGCUGGAUAUGGAAUUCACCCUGGGAGUCACCUUUGAGUAUGCCCUUGCARAUGGGACAAUCGUAUCAGGUUCAUGGGGCAUGGAAGGAGACAUGAUGAAAGGUACAUUCACCAGAAAGGACAAUGGAAAGGUGCUGACAACUACCAGAGCCAUUGUUGGAGAGGAACUUGUACAGAGCUAUAGCUAUGAUGGAGUCGAAGCCAAGAGAAUUUUCAAGAGGGGUUAGAGGAAACCGAUCAACCAAUCCAACCACUAAGACCAAGAGGCGUUACCUUCGAAUCCAGAAUGAUACCAUUGUGACACUGAACAUUUUACAACCUUCCCUAAGCCAUUGGACCACUUCAGGUCUUUGUGACGCCAACAUAAUUAUUAGCUGUACAAAAUGUACUAUUUGUGAUAGAAAUGUAUAAAGCAGGUUUGAUUUGCACUUCACGUUUUGAUAUUUUAAGAAGUAAACACGUUUUUGAAUUAUU